GGCUCUUCCUAAAUUACAAAAACUCCUUCACAAUUAAAACUAUGCUCUCCCCUUGAGCUUCCAUGGCAAAACCAAACCUUCAUCUGCUGUCAUUUUUCUUCUUCUUCAGCACCUUGCUAGGCUUGUUCCACUCCACAUUAUCACUGAUCAAUCAAGAGGAUGUUCCUGGCUGGCUUGCCUUGGAAGAAACUGAAGAUGUCAACAUGGUGCAAACCAGUAGAGAUUCAUGGAAAAAAUGUGACUUCUCAGUUGGAAAAUGGGUUUUUGAUCAAUCAUACCCUCUUUAUGAUUCCAACUGUCCCUAUCUUGCCACUGCAGUUACUUGUCAAAAGAAUGGGAGGCCAGAUUCAGAUUAUGAAAAAUGGAAGUGGAAGCCAUUAGGCUGUUCCAUCCCAAGAUUUGAUGCACUGAAGUUUCUUGGUAAAAUGAGAGGAAAGAGAAUAAUGCUGGUGGGUGAUUCUAUAAUAAGAAACCAAUGGGAAUCUCUUGUAUGCUUAGUUCAAGGAGUUAUUCCAACUGACAAAAAAAAGGUCACCUAUGAUGGUCCUUUGAUGUCUUUCCAUGCUAUGGAUUUUGAGACAUCAAUUGAAUUCUUUUGGGCACCACUGUUGGUAGAACUGAAGAAAGAGUCUAAUAAUAAGAAAAUUCUACAUUUGGAUUUGAUUGAAGAGAAUGCAAAGUAUUGGAAAGGAGUUGAUAUUCUUGUAUUUGAUUCUGCUCAUUGGUGGACUCACUCCGGUCAAAGUAGCUCGUGGGACUAUUACAUGCAAGGAAAUAGUAUCAUCACAAACAUGAACCAAAUGGUUGCCUAUGAGAAAGGACUCAGUACAUGGGCAAAGUGGGUGGAUCUAAAUUUAGACCCUCGAAAAACCCGAGUUGUUUUUAGAAGCAUGUCACCUAGGCAUAACAGGCAAAAUGGUUGGAAAUGUUACAAUCAAAGGCAACCUGUAAAAUAUUUCAGCCACUUACAUGUUCCUGGACCACUAGUAGUGCUAAAAGGAGUGUUGAAGAGAAUGAGAUUUCCUGUAUAUCUACAAGAUAUUACAACAUUGACUGCUUUUAGAAAAGAUGGACAUCCUUCAGUGUAUAGUAAGGCACUAAGUCAAGAAGAGAGGCAGAAACAAGGCUCUGAUUGUAGCCACUGGUGCCUCCCUGGUGUGCCUGAUAUUUGGAAUGAGAUGCUUAGUGCAUGGCUUUAACUAAAACUAAAAUCAAUGGAAUGGAUUUUAUGGAAAACAAUGUAAGCAGUGUACAACAUCUGCUUUAGCUUUGAGUUUUUUUUUUAGUUAUUAUGUAGAGGCUUUUAUGGUUACUCCUGCAAGAACAUUGUUGAUUAAAUGUUUUCUUUGUCAUUAAGGCUAUAUGAUCAAUGUAUAACAUUAUGCUUAUAGUAUUUGUCAUUUUGAUUUCCUCAAACAUGAAUGCUUCUUAGUCCAGUAGUUUGAACUGGGAAACCGAAUAAUCAAUAUUGUGUAGAAGGUUCAAAGUUUAAAUUUCUAUUACUAAUAUUCAUA